UUCUUACGUCAUCACGUUCCGCUCGCGGAGGCCAUGGUGCCUCACGACUGGAUAAUGCUGCUUGCUGCCGCAUCCUUCCUGUGUGUCUUGUGUUUGUUUGUUCGGUUCAGACGCUCCGUGAAACUGCUGUGGAGAAAAUCACUCAGCGGGAUAAUGGCCCGUACGGAGAAGCCCCUGUUCCGAAUCGCGUACACACUCUACACCAGGACCAGACUGGGCUACCUGUACUACAAGAGACAAAUGAGGAAAGCCCGGGAACAGUAUCCUACUGGACAUUCCACAGCUCGCCCCAUGGAGUUCAAUGAUAUCAAAAUAAUUCCAAUCCCAGUCCUGUCUGACAACUACAGCUACCUUGUAAUCGACACAGCCUCCAGUGUAGCAGUUGUUGUAGAUCCUGCAGACCCUCAAAGUGUCCAGGCAGUCCUUGAGGCAGAGGGAGUGAUGUUGGAAGCAAUACUCUGCACACACAAGCACUGGGAUCACAGUGGCGGAAACAAAGGGCUGAAAAAGCUUCACAGCGCAUGCCGUGUUUAUGGACAUGCAGCUGAUAACAUUCCUGGACUUACGCACCCUCUCUCACACAAGGACUCUAUAACAGUGGGACGUUUGCACUUUAAAGUCCUCUUCACUCCUGGACACACAGUGGGCCACAUUAUCUACCUCCUGGAUGGCCAUGCAGUCGGCGGCCCAUCCAGUCUCUUCUCCGGUGACCUGGUGUUUCUCUCUGGAUGUGGGAGGAUGUUUGAAGGCAGUGCAACAACAAUGCUGUCAUCUCUGGACACAGUCGCCUCCUUAAGUGAUGAUACACUUUUAUGGCCCGGUCAUGAGUAUGCUGAAGACAACUUGCUGUUUGCUGCCGAGGUUGAGCCACGCAACGCCACCAGAGAAAACAAGUAUCAGUGGGUGCUGCAGCAGCGAGGCCAGAAGCUGUGCACGUGUCCCUCCACUAUCGGGGAAGAAAAGCAAUACAAUCCAUUCCUGCGCAGCCACUCCGCUGAGCUCCAUGCGGCCCUUGGCCUCCAGCAGUUCCAGGAUGAAGACUGGACCCAGUUCAGGGCUCGAGUGCUGGAGGAGCUGCGGAAAUGCAAAGACCACUUCAAUAGGAGUAGGUAGUACUACAGAGAAGUCCACUACACAGCGGGGGGAACUGAACCUUGCAGUGAACUCUCCGCACAGUGGCACAAAGGUAGUGGUUAAAAAAACAAACAAACCCGCUGAUCUCUGAUGUACUAUUAAAUUCCCUGACUGGUUUUGAAUGUUUCAAGAUUAUUAAGGCUUGUUUUUUUUUGUUUUUGAAACCUUUGUCAACUUGUUUUAGUGAUUGCAUAUUCAUAUCAAUAAUCCUGUUAUCCAUCCUGAGAUGGACUUAGAAAUAGCAUUGCUAAUUCAUAGCCUCUAAAACAUUGAGGCGGUAGUUAAAACCUGGUUUCCCGUUCUAAUGUGUGAAAUGCAGGGUGAGAAGUCACCUGCGCGCGACAGAUUAAUCAGUUACUGUAGGCUGUGUGUUGUUUACUCCACCGUCUGGUUUAUUUUUAGGAUCAAUUGUUUUGCUGGUUUCAUAUUUAUAUACUGCUGAGGAGUAAUUGCCUUCUCCAUGGACUGUGUGAGUUUGUGACGAGGGUUUUUAGGGAGUGACUGUUUGUUUUGUUUUUGAAAAUCAUUAAAUCAGUUCAUUAUAAUGAUCUUAUUCUGGGAUGUAGUGCUGUGGAGCUCAACAAAACGAAGUAGCUCAAUCUGAGAAUAUUAAUGCUGCACAGCAUGAAACAAGAACAAAUAAUAAUGAUAAUAAUAAUAAUAAUAUUAAGAUUAAGUUAAGGCAACCUUCCAGGCUUGAUUGCUAAUAGUGGUACACUUAUGCCACUAGCCUGACUCGCCUCGGCACGGUUAUUUUGCUUUUCCAUUAGUGACAGUAUCUGGUACCCGGUACUUUUUACUACCUGCUCAGGCAAGGUUCCAAGCGAGCUGAGCCAAUACAAUGGGUGAUUGGUCAGAGUGCCGUCACAGGAACAUGCAUGAGCAAGACUUCAGACACGAGAAUCAAACCGAACAAUGCUGCUUAACUGUAGAUCAGUUAAAAAGACUUAAAAAGCCUGAAAACAUGGGUUAAUCUCCGACAUUUAGCAAGUCUAAAAUCUCAAUACUUAACAGAGGAGUCUGGUGUAUUUAGUGACGGCACUGCUGAAACCCUGCGAUCGCCAGUGACGAGCAGCAUCAUAAACUGUGCUGCUGUGCUCCGGAAGCACAGGAAGUACUGAACUAAUCUUUUUAAUUUACUGAUUCUAAUGAUUCAGUACAUCGAAAAUAACUGCUUUACAAGUCACUAGUUUGUGUGAGUCACGGCAGUUGAAUGCAGCAUUGCUGUGAUGACUCCGCCCACAUUGAAGAAGGUACUAUAUUGUAAUGGAAAACCAACCAAACCGCAUAGAGUUGAGCCGAGCCAAGGCGGUACUUUAAAUCUUCAUUAAUAAAUCAAGGUACUUUUUGUAAAAGCCAGCACAAAGAGUGGUAAAGUCUGUCCACUACCCUUUGAUGUGAUGAUGUUUGCUGUAUCUAAGAGCCAAUUUUCUUCUGACCCUUGUCUUGUUCAUGGUGCUUGUUAUUUGUCCACUAACCUGAAUUAGUGGAAUUAUAAUAAUUGUAUAAUUGUAACACACAUGGAAGCACAAACGUAUCGCUAGUGGGCCAAAGGUGAAACUUUUUUUUUAUUUUGUUUUAUUUUGCCAAACUAAUUGUACAUUUUAGAAUUGUAUUUUUGACGCCUUUGUACUGGCAUUACAUGAACAGUAGCCUUCUCCACAGAAAGGUAUUACAUUGUAGUACAUGAAAUAGGACUGAAUUGUUAAAGUGAUGAUGACAUUAGUUCAUUUAGAUAAAUGCCAACAGUGAUGAUUAUGCUAAAUCAACUUGCAGAAUGUUUUUUGGAGUUUUAUUUCUAAUAUGAGAACACUAUUUCACAGUGACAUUCAAAUUAAAACCAAAAUUACGCCUAUUUUUAAUAUAUUGAAGGGUUUAUAAUACUGUGACAUAAUACACUGGCAGAAAGUAUAUCGUGUAAUAAACAUUUUCAUCAGUUGCAUCUUGCAUGUCUUUAUGUGGCUGUUUUGUUGUUGUUGUUUUUCACAGCUACAUAAAUCAGCCUCUGUUUACGUGAUGAUGGGUCAGAAUGUAAAGUAAUAAACGUUGAAACUUUUGAGGAGACGUGAAUGCGCUUCACCUUCGUUGCUCCCACCAAAGCAUCAUGUCCCCUGGUGAUUCUUUCGCUAAAAUGUUGCCUUGUUUGAUGCAGAUUCCCCAUCUUAUUUGCAUAUGUUUGAGUCAAAGAACACCACCGCACGUUAGACUGUUUUACCUUAGGUUACAUUUUAAUGAGGAAAUAUGAAGGCAAGCUCCUGCGUUAUAGCCGUGUAUGAUAUUUGUUGUCAUUUUGAAUGUUCAAAAUUGACAGCCGAGUUAUUCUUGCCGGCGCUGUAACUUCCCACCACUCAACUAACAACAUAACUGACGCAAAGUAUAUUUUAAAGAUAAACUUCUGUCAAUAAAGAUGUGCAAUAAC